AUGUCGAUUGAUGUGUCAAUUAUAAUGCCAGAUGAAACUUUAAAUAUAAUUGAACAAUGGAGAAAACAAUUAGAAUUGAAAUAUAAAUUAAUUAUUCAUGGACAUGAAGAUAACGAAGCUCGUGGUGUGGGUUACGGGAAAAAUCGAGCAGUUCAAUAUUCAUCGGGUCGAUUUUUAUGUUUUCAAGAUGCUGAUGAUCUUAUGUGUCCAAAUCGAAUUUAUAAACAAUAUCACUUAGCUAUCAAUGAAAAAGAUGAUGCACUAUUGAUUGGAUCAAAAUAUGAACGAAUUCCAGAAGGAUCAACUGAUCGAUAUACACAAUGGGCUAAUAAUUUGACGGAAGAACAAUUUUAUACACAAAUAUAUUUGGCACAUGGACCGACUCUUAUUAUGCCAACUUGGUUUUGUUCAAGAUCUUGGUUUGAUCGAUUAGGUGGUUUUGAUGAAAUUGCUAAAGGUCAUUGUGAAGAUUUAACAUUUUUUUUUAAACAUCUUCGUAAUGGCGGUCGAUUAUGUCGAGUAAAUGAAAUUCUUCUUUAUUAUCGAUACCAUCCAGAAGCAACGACGUUUUCCGUGCAUGAAGAUAUUAUAUGGUCAGUACGUAUUCAAGAAAUUCAAUUAAAUAUCAUUAAUAAUCUUGAAAAAUUGACUAUUUGGAAUGCAGGAAAACAGGGAAGAAAAUUUUAUCGAUCAUUAAAUGAUACAAAUAAACAAAAGGUUAUUUAUUUUUGUGACAUGGAUCCAAAAAAAAUUUCAAAAGGCUUUUAUACAGAUGAAUUAUCUCAAAAUAAACGUCGCAUUCCAGUUAUUCAUUUUACACAAGCUAUUCCUCCAAUUAUCAUUUGUGUCAAGCUUAUGAUGACAAAAACACAAUUACUUGAUUUACCCAAUGAACUUUUUCCAUUUAUUUUUCAAUAUUUAAACUCUAAAAAUUUGAUGCAAGCAUUUUCCAAUGUAGAAUCUCUUCGAAUUCAGACACUCAUUCAACCAUUUCUUUCACAUCUUGAUAUCUCUCAAGAAACUGAUCAAUGGAUUCAAACUUAUUUACCAGUUCUAUUCAAUCAACAAAAUAUUGUUGCUGUUCGUUUACAAGAUAAACAUAUUAACUUUAUUAUGAAAAAUUUACUAUUAAGUAAAAUUCAAUCUAUGCAUAUAUUCAGUUCAGAUUGGAGUACUGAUUUAUUAAAAGAAGCACUUAAUCAUUUUCGUCAAUAUUUAAAACAACUUUCUAUUACAUUUACAUGUCCUCAUGGAAAAGGAGAUAUAGCUAGUCAUUUGUUUCAAUUUGAUAGUCAACUUGAGUAUCUUAAUAUUACUGGUCGUUUUUUGUUUUUUGAUAAUAAUGAAAUCAAUGCAUGUACUCGAUUGACACAUCUUGUAAUUGAACUUGAAGGAAUGCAUAGAGUAUUCAUACUUAUUAAACAUUUACCCAAACUUCGGCAAUUAAAGGUUAAAUUUCGAAUUGAAGAACGUAUGAUUCAACCAACAUCCUAUGUGGAAAAUGUCACAUUAUGUAAAACAUUACAUCGUGUUACUUUUACAGGUUGUACAAAAUAUUUUGAACAUCUCGAACACUUUGUUGCUACAUUUGGAUUAACAAUUAAAUGUUUCACAAUCAAUAUCAAUUUAAUGUAUUAUAUAGUCGAUGGUAAACGAUUAGAACAAGAACUGUUGAAAAAGAUGCCAUGUUUAUCAUCAUUUAAUCUAAUCAUUCAUUCAAUUAUGACUCAUUGUGAUCCAAUAGAUAUUAAAACAUUUCAAAAUUCAUCUUGGCAAAAUUAUAAUCCUAUUGUAUAUUGGAAUGAUAUUCGUGCUCAUCAACAUACAAUUUUCACAUUACCAUAUCGAUCGAGUCAAUUCAAACAUCUUUCAAAUGAUUUUAUUUCAUCUUGUAUAUCAAAUCGAGCAGUUUCUCUUUGUUUUGAACGUGUUCGAAUACUUUCACUUAUUUCAACAACACCAUUAACGUUAGAAAUAUUCGAAUUCAUGGAAAAAGCAUUUCCAAAUGUUAAAACACUUGAAUUGACGAAUCCAAUCAAAUUGUCAGGAUAUCAACACGAACAUAAACGAAAUAAAAAUACAUUUCAUAUGAGUGAUGUUUUUCUUUUAAAUAAUAGUUUACAAUUACCUUCGAUUACUAAAUUCUGUUUUCUCUUACAAUCACAAUAUGAUGAUUAUAAAAUUUUUCGUCGUUUUCUUUAUCUUUUACCUAGUUUAGUUUAUUUAAAAAUGUUUAUUGGACGAUCAUUAUUUCGUGAAAUAUUAAUACAUGAAAAUGAAGAUAAUUUUAUUCGAAGUGCAUUAAAUCGUAUUAAAAUUUUACAAAUGGUUCGUUUUUAUGAUGACAAAAAUGUCUUAAGCAAUGAAGAAAUGCAUACUCUCUUUCCAAAUGCUCAAAUAUUAUUUGAUUAUGAUGAUCUUUAG